AUGUCCCUUCAUCUCAGGCUCUUGAGCGUGUUCUAUCUCCUCGCUGCUUCUGUGCAUGCUCUCCCCGCCGCCACACGAUCUCACACUGAUCCCGCCUCACGAUCUUCCAAUCCUUCUUUCAGCGCUUCUAGCCUUGCUGCCAUCUCCCUCGACCCAAACUAUCAACGUGACUCUUGUGUAUCCGCUACAAAGCUCUUUGGCGAUCGAGUGUUUUGGGUGUGCAGAGAUACUAUCGUCUUGACUGAUCAAAGUCUAAAUGAUGAGUUCGCCAAUCCUGGUGUGACCUCUGGCUUCGUCUCUUCCACUGGAAGUUGGUCGAAUCAAACUUCGGGUGGAGCAGCAGGACCUUUACUUGUGCCACCUCCUAGUGGCCAAGGUCAACAACAAGCUACCUCGAGUUACCAAUAUCAGUUGACUCAAUAUGGUGGAGAUAUCGCUACGACUGCUUACGUCCCAUAUGCAGAUGACGAGUGCAAUUCGGAUGGAAAUCAAGCUGGAACAGGUGCACCCUGUUCAAACAAUGGUACUCGAGUCCCUCUGUGGCCCGACUCGCCUCCCUACGUGACUCAGGUGGCUAGCGAUGGAUCAGUCACCGCUUGGCUCUACCUUCGAAGGCCAUUGAUCAAGGGACUUUCGAUCCAAAACUUCGAGCCUCCAGGUUCACUCUACUACAUCUACUGGCCUUCUAACGAUGGCGCCGAUACACUCCCUUUGAUCGGACUGGUCAACGAAGAAUUCUUCCCCGAAGGAUCUUUCACCUAUGGAGAUUAUGGCGGCGUGGUCGAUACGGCGGGAGAGUACCUCUACCUGUUCGGUCAAUCACUCUACACCGAUUCACAAGGUAAUCAGCCCAUCGCUCUGGCCAGAUGUCCCGUCGAUUCACCUGCCAAUAACAGGACGUACGAAUACUACUACAACGAUGGAACUUGGUCGUCCGUUCAACCGAGCGUCAACGAUACCUCAGCCUUCAUCUCCGCCGGCGCAGGUGGUCAAGGAACAUACUUUUACUCCAGCUACCUCGGUCAAUACGUCUGGCUGGGUCAAUUGGCCAAUAGUCUAGGUCUUCAAGUAGCAGUCUCCGUCGCUCCGGAGCCUUAUGGUCCUUGGUCAGCGCCUUCCGUCAUCGCCAUCUUGCCAGCGAGCGAAUACGGCCCGACUUACAGUGUGGCAGCUCACCCGGAGAUGUCCAGCAAUCAGCAGGAGAUCUACCUCACAUACACCAGGCAGGUCUACUGGAACAACAAUGCCGACAACUCGGACAGGACGUUCUAUGAGAACCCCUUGUGGCACAUGACGUGGAACUGA